AUGGAUAGUAUUUCGGAUGACCUGCGAGAACACCACAAGAUGAUUGCACCCGAAGAAACUGUUGCAAAACAAACGCCUCGGCGGGGGGUGGUGCGGGGGCUGGCGAUUACGGAAGGAGGAAAGGAGGAGAGGGUGGGGGACAACUAG